AUGAUAAUAUUACAAUCACCUAACGAUAGUCGACAACAUAAAUACUUGAAACUCGAUAAUGAAUUGUCAGUGGUAUUAGUAUCUGAUCCAAAUGUCGACCAAGCAUCUGCAUGCCUAUCAGUUGGAGUAGGUUCGCUCUCUAAUCCUGAUGAAUAUCUCGGUUUGGCACACUUCCUAGAACAUAUGCUAUUCAUGGGCACAGAGAAAUACCCAGUCGAGAGUGAAUUCAUCAACUAUGUACUAUCGAAUGGAGGUUCUUAUAAUGGUUCAACAUCAAAUUCAUUAACAACCUAUUAUUUCUCAGUGAAUCAAGCCAAUUUUCAACAAGCAAUCGAUAGAUUUUCAUCUUUUUUCGUAUGUCCUCUAUUCACAGAGAGUGGAACAACCAGAGAAAUUAAUGCUGUAAAUUCUGAACAUAAUAAUAAUCUACAGAAUGAUGAUAGAAGAAGUUAUUUUAUGCAUCUUUUACAAUAUGAAGGACAUCCAUUCGGUAGAUUUGCAACUGGAAAUCUUGAUACGCUGAAAGUUGAAGACGGAUUGAGAGAAAAGAUGUUGGAAUUCUAUAAUAAAUACUAUUCAUCGAAUAUCAUGUAUUUGGCAAUGGUUGGUCGUGAUCCAAUCGAAACACUCGAGUCAUGGGCAAGACAAUAUUUCUCAGCCAUCAGAAAUCUAUCGAUCUCAAGACCGGCCUUCCCAACACUCUCACUGAACAACCAACCCAUAAAAAUAACAAUGGUACCAGUCAAGAAUACAAACAAACUAUCUUUAUAUUGGCCAUUAUCAGAUUCAACCUAUUCACAUUAUAACAAUUAUAAAACUAAUAAUAUUGGUAUUAUAAGUCAUAUAAUUGGUCAUGAAAGUAAGGGAUCUCUUUACUCUGUAUUGCAUCGUAAGGGAUUUGUAUUUUCAUUGUCAAGCAGUGUUAGUAACUAUAAUGAGAGUAUCGAGAUUGUUUCUAUAAAGAUGGAACUAACAGAGUCUGGAAUGAAUAAUAUCGAUGAAAUUGUAUCACUCGUUUAUCAAUACCUUGAUUUAAUCACAUCUGAUCUACCAUCAUACAUUCACGAAGAGAUUAAAAUCAAACAGAAAAUAUCAUGGGAUAAUCUAUCAAAAGUCGAUCCAAAGAGUUAUUCAACUGCUAUCUCUAAUACACUAUCUAAAGUACCAAAUAAUCCAGAAGAUGUGUUAAAGUAUGGUUUCUAUUGUGAGGAAUAUAAACCGGAUCAUAUUACGGGUAUUAUGAAACAGUUGAAACCAGAAUCGAUGGUUAUGAUGGUGUCGUCAAAGAGUUUCGAAGGAAAGACUGAAAGCGUUGAGAAAUACUAUGGUAUCAACUAUACAAAGGAAUUGAUUGGUGCUGACAAGAUUGCGCAGUGGAGAUCGCUGCCAAAGAAUGAUGAUCUCCACUUGAUCGAACCGAAUCGUUUCAUGCCAAAGGAUUUCACUAUUAAGUCGGAGCAGCGCGUCGACGAUGGCAGUGUAGAUGUUCCACAGAUGAUCUACAAUGCCAACGGCGUUAGAUUUGCAUAUCAAGUCGGUGUACGCGAAUCAAACCUAUUCAAUUCAACAACUUCAUUUAGUGUAACCGAUAAGAUUAAUGAAUUAACAAAUCGAUUAACUUUAAGAUGCUUAGGUGACAUUCCAAAGAGUAAGAAAGUAUGUUUGGAGAGUGGUGUUGAAUACAAGCGUAGAAUGCUAUCACCCGAUCCUGAACAAGUAGUCGACUUUUUCCAACAACAUUUCGUAGACACCACCACAAGAAAGCUAUUCACAACACAACUAUACCCUCACUCAAUACCUAUUCCAAAUGAACAAUCAACGGAAUCAUUGAAAAUCAUUGAAAAAGAUGAUGAUUACAUUGAAUUUAAAAAUCGAUCAUUAUUUUAUCCAAAUAAUCUUUGUUAA